ACUCUCCACCACCACCUACUACCUCCUACUACACGACGCCAUGGCCCCCAACAAUGCUGAGCGUACCUACAUCAUGGUCAAGCCCGAUGGUGUCCAGCGCGGUCUCGUUGGAAACAUCAUCGCGCGCUUUGAGUCGCGCGGCUUCAAGCUGAUCGCGCUCAAGCUCGUUCAUGCCACCCCCGAGCACCUCGAGCUCCACUACGCUGACCUCAAGGGCAAGCCCUUCUUCCCCGGCUUGAUCAAGUACAUGGCAUCCGGCCCCGUUGUCGCCAUGGUUUGGGAGGGUCUUGACGCCGUCAAAACCGGCCGCUCCAUGCUCGGUGCUACCAACCCCCUGGCCUCUGCUCCGGGAACUAUCCGUGGCGACUUCGCCCUUGCUGUCGGCCGCAACAUCUGCCACGGCUCCGAUUCCGUCGAGAACGCCGAGAAGGAGAUCAAGCUGUGGUUCCCUGAAGGCGUCGUCCAGUACGAGCACAACCAGGCUGCCUGGAUCUUCGAGUAAACGCGGAAUUGAUCUUCCGGAUUUCAGUGUAGGAUUUCGGGGUAUGGCGUAUGACAAUGUUCUUGAUGCGUUCGUGAACAUAAAAUCAACGCAGAGCUUUACGACACGCAGCGAUCCAAGUGCAAAACACCAGAUGAGAUAUGUAGUACGCGGGCGAGCCAUUUA